GACAUCAUGAGUUACACCACAAAGAAAGAAAUAUUCGGAACAAUAUGAAAGACUUGAUAACUUUUAGUGCUUUUAGCACAAUGUUUUCAUAAUUUUUAUUAAUUUAAUGGCUUUUGUUGCCUUUUUUGACAUACUUUUGUGAGAAUUUCGAUCUUAUCUAUCAAAAGGGAUACCUUUUCGAUGACGUCAUUUGUCAAGAAGAAACGCAAUUUAUAAUGGUGACUGAAGUAACUUCCAAGGAAGUCUACGGGGAUUUCCCCCCGCAUAUUGUUCGAAGCCGUGUCGUCAGUGUGGCUUUCACUUUGGACGCUUUGGAGCUUUCGAGCCUGAGUUCGGAGUUCAAGUUGUAGUUGUACCGCGUGUUGGGGCGUCAGAACAGUUGGACUUUUUAUGUCUUGCUGAUAUUUCAAAUACCAGCUGUUUGUGAUAAUUGUUGCAUUUUAUUGAAAUGGGAGGUCGGAAGAAGGGAAAAUAUGACAAAGAUUUUCGUGGAAAGAGGAAGACCUAUGAGCCCCCAUCUAACGACAACUCUGAGGAUGGAUUCGAUCCGGAACAAGACGGUGUGCCAGACGCCGCAAAGCACGACGCCGAAAAGGAAGUGUCGACCACGGAGGACGAGUUUGGAGCCAAGGACUACCGGUCCCAGAUGAUCCUCAAACCAGAUCACGCAUCGAGACCACUAUGGGUGGCACCGGACGGCCACAUCUUUCUGGAGUCGUUCUCGCCCGUUUACCGGCACGCACACGAUUUCCUCAUAGCUAUCUCGGAGCCGGUCUGCCGGCCGGAGCACAUACAUGAGUACAAGCUGACGGCCUAUUCCCUGUACGCGGCGGUGAGCGUCGGCCUCCAGACGGACGACAUCAUAGAGUAUCUGAAGCGGCUCAGCAAGACGUCCAUCCCAGAUGGCAUCAUCGAGUUCAUCCGGCUCUGCACCGUCUCCUACGGCAAGGCCAAACUCGUGCUGAAGCACAACCGCUACUUCAUCGAGUCGCAGCACCCGGAGGUGAUCCAGAAGCUGCUGAAGGACCCGGUCAUCUCCGAUUGCCGGCUGCGCCAGACGGCCGAGACGGACACGGACGCUCUCAUCACCGAGAAACAACAGAAGGCCGACAAAAUGCAGUUCGGUAGUAAGCCUGAGACCGCGCCGGCCGCCGGCGGGGAGACCGUCCCAGCCGAGAAGGAGGCGCCUGCCGCCGUACCUGACGACAUCACCAACUUUUACGGCCGACUGGACGAUGACGAUGACGAGGAGGCCGCCGAGACGCAGACGGUGUCGUUCGAGGUUCAGCAGGAUCGUAUUGAGGUAAUCCAAAAGCGGUGUAUCGAGCUCGAGUACCCGCUGCUCGCCGAGUACGACUUCCGUAACGACUCUGUGAACCCGGACAUCAACAUCGACCUGAAGCCGGUGGCCGUGCUGCGUCCCUACCAGGAGAAGUCGCUGAGAAAGAUGUUCGGAAACGGACGCGCCCGCUCCGGGGUCAUCGUCCUGCCGUGCGGCGCCGGUAAAAGUUUGGUGGGCGUCACGGCCUGCUGCACGGUCCGUAAGAGGGCGCUGGUGCUCUGUAACUCGGGCGUCUCCGUCGAACAGUGGAAGGCCCAGUUCAAAAUGUGGUCCACAGCGGACGACAGCAUGAUCUGCCGGUUCACCUCGGACGCCAAGGACAAGCCGAUGGGCUGCAGCAUCCUCAUCACCACGUUCAACAUGAUCACGCACACGCAGAAGCGCUCGUGGGAGGCCGACCAGACCAUGCAGUGGCUCAAGGAACAGGAGUGGGGAAUCAUGGUGCUCGACGAGGUACACACGAUCCCUGCCAAGAUGUUCCGUCGCGUGCUGACCAUUGUACAGGCGCACUGCAAGCUCGGACUGACGGCCACCCUGGUGCGAGAGGAUGACAAGAUCGCCGACCUCAACUUCCUGAUCGGUCCGAAGCUGUACGAGGCCAAUUGGCUGGAGCUGCAGAAGAACGGCUACAUCGCGCGCGUGCAGUGCGCCGAGGUGUGGUGUCCGAUGGCGCCCGAGUUCUACCGCGAGUACCUGGCCUGUCGCAGCACCAAACGACUGCUGCUGUACGCCAUGAACCCGAACAAGUUCCGGGCCACCCAGUUUCUGAUCCGCUACCACGAGAAACGCUCCGACAAGAUCAUCGUGUUCUCGGACAACGUGUUUGCGCUGAAACACUACGCCAUCAAGAUGAACAAGCCGUACAUCUACGGACCGACAUCGCAGAGUGAGCGGAUCCAGAUCCUGCAGAACUUCAAGUUCAACCCCAAGGUGAACACCAUCUUCGUGAGUAAGGUGGCCGACACGUCGUUCGACCUGCCGGAGGCGAACGUGCUGAUCCAGAUCUCCUCCCACGGCGGGUCCCGCAGACAGGAGGCGCAGCGGCUCGGCCGCAUCCUGCGCGCCAAAAAAGGCGCCAUCGCGGAGGAGUACAACGCCUUCUUCUACACGCUUGUGUCGCAGGACACGGUCGAGAUGAGCUUCUCCAGGAAACGGCAGCGCUUCCUCGUCAAUCAGGGCUACAGCUACAAGGUCAUCACGCGCCUCGCCGGCAUGGACGAGGACCGUGACCUGCUGUACAGCGGGAAGGAGGAGCAGGGCCAGCUGCUGCAGCAGGUGCUGGCCGCCAGUGACCUGGACGCCGACGAGGAGCGCGUACCCGGCGAGGGAGGCCGGCCAGGCACCUCGGGAGGCUUCCAGCGCCGCGCCGGAAACAUGGGUUCCAUGUCGGGCGCCGACGACGCUCUGUAUAUGGAGUACCGGCGUAACAUCAAACAUCCGCUCUUUAAGAAGUUCCGCAUCAAAUGAGCGGCGGGCGACGGAAGGUCGAGGGUGUCCAGCGGAGAGCGAAGAUGGUGUAGAACACAGGUUUUCCAAUGAUGACCUGUGUCUGAACUGGAGCGCUAUCAGUAGCGGAUGACCGUGCGAUAUGCGCCUGAACAUUGAAUGACAAAACCGAAGGCCGGCGUGUGCCAGCUGCUGUAUGGCUGUGGUUCGAAUGCUCUAGUACUCGUCCCUCAAUGUGACUAACCGGUCAAUGUAUGAGUAGACGACUGUCCUUCUUCUCUGAAGCGGACAAUCUGGAGCAGCCCUUAAAGCCAGUGCAGUAGGACUAUAACUGUGAUCAUUGCGAGUCGCACCAUCAGGUGAUGGAACUACUGGGUCUGCGAGGGUGUGAUGGAUUUGUUGACGACAGUUUCUCGGAUCUGUGCGUUCCAGCGUUUGUCUUGGGUGUUUGCAUUUUUGCACGGUGUGAAAGCACAUGAUGUGACAGGUUAGUUUUGAGUGUUUCGGAAAUCUGCCAACAUUUGUUACUGAGUGAAAACGAUUUUACUGUUUGCGAAAAAGCCUCUUCGCAUGAAAGCUAGAUGAUCAAGUGGUAUGGUUUGAUUGAAGCGAGACGUGUUCCUAUAUUUAUGCGUGAUGUGACUUAGUAUGAAUACAGAGCAGCUUUCA